CAUGAAACUGCAAUAUCCAUGAGAAUAGCUUUGCGUCACGAACCAUAAAUUAACUGCACAGCUCCUAUCAAGAUACUGCACAUCUAAUAAAAUACCAAUCGACCAAACGCUGUCGCUCUAUUACUACAGUUGAGCUGGGCCCUGAUCGUUUUGCUGCGGCAGUACCAGCCAUGCUGAGCUCUAGUGCCCUCGGUGGCCUACUCCUAGCAGUCAGCAUUGGCUCCAUUUGGGCAUCGUUCGAUGUGAUGUUCGAAAAAUUCGAACAACUCAACGGAACUGAGAUUGUCAGCGUGAAGUUACGAGUCCGGAAGUACAACAGAACCAUAUCGGUGCUGGCCGGAAUAAUGGAUCUCAAAGAGGUGGCGGACAACAACCUCGAGGUGGGCAUCAGGUGCGCCUACAGUUCCAAGGGCAAUAACCAGUUUAACCAAUACCCGAUGAAAAUUGCCCGGACAAAAAUGUGCGAUUUCCUUAACAACGAUUGGCGCGAAUAUUAUCCAUACUUCGAGAACUCAUCGAAUCUGCCCAAGGUGGGAGAGUGUCCGGUGCAACCCAUGGAAUUCUAUUUCAACGAUAUGGUUCUGGAUUCGAACAUGUUCCCACCCUAUCUACCGCACGGAUUGUGGCGGAUGUCCAUAUCGUUGUACAGACCCGGAGUUGAUAUUCCGGUAAUCCUUGUGGAAGUGUAUUUUAAGGUGGCGGCUGUAGGAGUGCUUUGAAUGUGUCAAAUAAGUCGAUUGUACUCAUUCGACGAGUGGAGGGACGUGGCGCAGCUCGACUUGCAUAUCGAGGUGAGAAAUCUCGAUUCGAAUGAGGGGACUCGCCCGAGUAAAUCAAAUGGAGAGUCACCUGAUUCGAGUCCAGUGCGAGUCGAGCUGCGUCACGUCACUCCAUUCGUAGAAUAAGUACA